GCGACGGCGUCGGGAGCGCAUCUGCAUUAUUCGAUGACGACUUGGCUGCUGUCUGCCAUUACUAUUUAUAUGCCAUUAUACCCGUGCUGCUGAGCAAAACAAACAGUCAGCGCGACGGGCAGAGGCCAAGAAUCUCAUAAAUGUCAACCAUACGUUAGACGAGAACUAGCCACUGACCGCGCGCCAUGGGCAGCCGAGAGAUCCGAUUCCCGUGACAAAACCUAACAAAGCACAAAUUUACUUUGCACAGUGCCUUCCUCCGGCAGAGGUUGAGCUAACCUCGUGAUGCAAGGAAGAUCAAGACCAACAAACAACGUGAUUUGAUAAGACUUUUUGGCGACUUUGGUGACUCCGUACGCCAUGCAGCACAGCAGCGCUGGCAGCGAGGAGCGCAUCACUAGCUCCACCAGCAGCCCCCGCUCUGGCCACAAGACGGGCAGCUCUCUCUUCGGGCUGCUGACCAAGCGCCCCAGCAAGGUUGAGCCCCAUCCCGUAACUCCCGAAUCGCCAAGCCUUCAACGACGUCCCGUGUCCGCCUGCGGCCACUAUGAUGUGAGCUUCGCCAAGGCGACAGCGGAGCAAGCGGGAAACCAUGCUGCCGUCAUCAGCAGCAGCAACAACAACAACAGCAAUAGCAACCACAAAAGCCAAACUCUGCCGCUGGAGAAAUCGCACAGCGGUCUGAUAAGCUUCCACAGGCGUACCAAGCCGCCGUCAAAGAGCAAAGGACACGCCCACCGCUACAGCAGUGACGCGGGCUCGCAGAGCGAUGGAGGCGCGGACGUUGUGAUGCGUCGCAAGUCGCCCAAGCACCGGUCGCCGAACCACAACCGAUUCAGCCACCAGUUCAGUCUCUGCUGCAAGGCCGAGAAGAAACCCCUGACGCCGCCGGUCACGGUCCGCUACAAUUCCAUACCGGACAGCAACAGUGUGCUGCGUCGCGACAACCUAUCGCUGAGCUGGAGUAUGGUGGAUAACAAUUCCGUCUCGCUGCACUCCAGCGAGGGCGGCACUUCGUUUCAGCGCCCACGUCUGUCCAGUGAGUGCGCCAGUGCACCAGAAUCGCCGGUCGGCACCAACACCUUCUUUGCCCAAUGCAGCAACGCCGCUGUCGUCGCUUCUGCCACAGCCGGCGCAUCGGCCUACGCUGCUGUGGCGCGAAGUGAAAGCAUGCCCCGUUCUCCGAUCCGGCCAAUCGCAGUCUCGGCCUGCCGCUCGCGUCUCCGCCUCAAGCUUUAUCCGCCCGGGAAGGAGCUGCCGCAACUGCACACCACUGACGAGUCCACAGACAUUAAGCGUGCCACCACGCCUCAGCACAUGUCCUCGCCCAACAUAGCCAGCCAGCCGGAUGGGUUUGAAGCGCCCAUGCAGGAGCAGCCCGGCGUCCGUUUCAUGUCGCACGAGAACAUGACGCUGCAGCGACAGGGCUCUGGCUCUAAUCUCGCACGUCAAGCGCUGGUGGCUGCUCAUGCCCUGAACCUAAUACCUGCCGACAAGGCACGCGAACGAAGCUACCUGGACGGGCGUCUGGGCUCCUCCUCUCUGCUGGGGCCCAGCGAACUGAGCCGCGUGCUGCCGCAGAAGGAAGUCACCAUUUUCGUGGGCACAUGGAACAUGAAUGGUCACAGUCCACCCAAGCAAUUGAAUGACUUUGUGCUGCCGCCCAAUGUGGAGCAUGUGCCGGACAUUGUUGUGAUGGGCACGCAGGAGUCCUCGCCGGAUCGUUUUGAGUGGGAAGUGACGCUGCAGGAGACCCUCGGCCCCUCGCAUGUGCUCUUUCAUUCGACCACUCUGGGCACCCUCCAUCUGGCUGUCUACAUGCGGCGCGAUCUCAUCUGGUACUGCUCGGCGCCGGAGGAUGCCUCCAUGUCGGUUCGCACCGGCUCUGCCUUUCGCACCAAGGGUGCUGUGGCUAUAUCCUUCUGCCUAUUCGGUACUUCCAUGCUCUUUGUGACCUCCCACUUGACCGCCCACCAGCAGAAGGUGAAGGAGCGGGUGUCGGAUGUGAAGCGCAUUAUUAACGCUCUGGAUUUGCCUCGAAAUUUGCCCAACCUUCGGCACAAAAACAAGGAUGUGACGCAGAACUUCGACAACGUCUUCUGGUGCGGUGACCUGAACUUCCGACUCGGCGAGCCGCGCGAGAAAUUGAUGGAGUGGAUUCAAAACACAAAGUUCCCGCUGCCCUCGCACUUGCCACACGGUUACAUGCAUACGGACCAACUUUCCUCUGUGCUGGCCGACGGUGCGGCCUUCCGUGGGUUCAUGGAGGCGAAUAUAACAUUUCCACCCACUUACAAGUACGACCCGGGUAGCCAGAACUUCGACACCUCCUCAAAGCAGCGCGCUCCUGCCUACACGGACAGAAUCCUCUACAAGUACAGGCAGGUGCAGGGCCUGGUCAUACGUCGCCAGACCUUAAUACCGGGCGUGUCCACGCCGACGCAGCCCUAUGUGGAGUGCCUUCUGUACGAUUCGGUACCUUCCAUAACCACAUCGGACCAUAAGCCGGUGUGGGCUCUCUUUAAAACUCUCAUCCGUGCCGGAACUGACGCGAUUCCCUUGGCCGCUGGAUUGUUCAGUCGGGACAUUUACCUGGAGGGAAUGCGACGUCGCUUGAAUAACCAAUACACGGGCGCCUCGGCCGUGUGUGCCAUACAGUAGACUCUCAUUGGUAGCUAUUAGCUAGUCAGAGUUGGAAGUGGAGUGGCGGUUCUGGAAGCUUCUUCCAGCCACCAACUUAGUCAUUUACUCGAACCCGUCAGCUGACAUUUCUACAGUGCUAGUCAAAGCUUUCCUACGGUUGUGUGUCGCCAUUGUAUUACCUAGAUAGGAAUGCUACCCUGCAACAGUCUAAUACCAAAUACCAAAAAAAAAAAAAAUCGUUCGUGACUUGCCAUGCAACGCCGCGGUAGUACUUAGGCGCCGCCUUUCGCCUUUCGCCUCGAGGCCUUAGAUCGUAAUACGUUCCUUAUGAAAUGAUUAUGAAUGCAUACUCAGAAACAAUUCUGUACCUCUACUACUCUAAAGCACAAGCCUAGCGUGUAGUUAAGUUAAAUGUGUUUUAGCUAAAAAGUAGUCCAAAUAUUGAAAGGAGCUCGAAGAACUAUGAAUUACAUUGAUUGUUUAAACUUUAAACUGAAGUAGAAGUAAAUAUACAUGCAUAUUAUAAUACGAAUCUGAAUAACGCUAUUGUUGAUUCUUGAGUCUCGAAUCUAUUGUUAUAAUAUUUAUUUGAUUAUUAUUUAGUUCCUAAGAUUGUUACUGUUGAAUCGUGUCUAGUGAUCUGAUUAUUUUUAUAGUUUGCACAAAACCCUAUGAAGAUUUUAUUUCGUUUUAAGCACAAAUAAUACUUUUCUU